AUGGGACGAUCUGGACGGUUAAGGCACAACUAUGGCAACGUGAACGCAACAUCAACACUUGACAACACCACAAUAGGAUGGCCUUUGAUAUCGGCCUCGACAUCGACCACAACCGAGCAACGAUGCCUGACAGGACAACGAGAGAAGGACCUCAAGCCUGUGACUCGAAAGAAAUAA